AUGGCGUUCUCUCCAACUUCGCCUCGGAUCGAAUUGAAUGACGUCGAGGUCCCUCGUCAGGAAGAAGCUGCACACUAUGCAGAUCCUACCCGUCCACACUCAGAUCGUCUUGGGCUGGAGAUUACGAUUCCUCAAGACUACGAGGGCUUCGUACUGCAAUCGUGGUCACCGGGGGUGUACCCGGGCUCGCCUGGAGCGCUGGAAGAGACUCGCUGGAAACACCUUAGCCAGAAAGGGCAGACGAACCAGCCGCCGUCGGCUGAAGUGUUAGACGACCAAAUGGGCAAACAACUAAAUAGCUUUGACUUCAGAUUUCGAGGCUUACAAGGUUCAUAA